CCCACCGUUAUCUAGGCAAAAUCAAAUUGACCGGCUAAAUUGGUGCCUUCAACCCAAAAACUGGACAAUUGAGAAUUGGCGAAAUGUUCUUUUUUUCGGAUGAGACCAGAAUUGGCGUAAGAUCAGAUAACCAUCGAAUUCGGGUUUUCUGAGCUCCAGAAAGAUGAGCGAGACUCCACGCUACCAGAUCUAUCCCAAGAUAUUAAGGAGGAACUGUAAUGUUCUGGGGAGUUAUUAUGCUGAGAGCAAAAACUCCAUUGUUACCACUUCAACAAACUUUAACCGUGGCGAGGUAUGUUGAUUUAGUGCUAGAACCAAUAUUUAGGCGGUGGACAGCUGCAAUUGGGGAUAAUUUUAUCUUUAUGUACGAUAAUGCAUCUACCCAUUCCAGCAAAGUGGCUAGAGAAUGUCUUGAAACGAAAGGUGUCACAGUUUUAGACUGACCUGCAUGUUUACCAAAUCUAAA